CAAGGCCACAAGUCAAGUUCCGCUCCAUGACGUCAUUAGUAUUUUGUCCGAACCGGUCGUUUGGAGAGGGACCUUGGAAAUACUGCUUGUUGAAGUAAUGUGCAGAAUUUCGGGUAGUGAUAGCAGCAAAAUCGGGUUCUGAGGUGAAAAUAUCGGGAAUCAAAACUUGAAUCCAGUGACCAAGAGUGUUGCCUUUGACGAAAUCAUAUUUUUGUUGUGUGCCCUGCUGUGGUGGAGACAGCAUGGCCAGCAACGGAUACCUCAGUGGAGAGGUGCAUGGUAGUGGAGUAGUCGGAUCUGGAGGAAGUGGCCCAAAUUGGGGAGUGCAUUCAGAUCAACGAGGCACUGGACCUGGGUGGCAUUAUUACGGGAAUCCUGCCUGGCUUGAUGCCAGUAGCAGCGGUAGUGGCACUCAGGAAGUGCCUUCCCGGGCUUAUCCCAAUUACUGGAAUUCUGCAGGCCCCACAUAUCCUGCUACUUACAUGCCUGGGACAGAAGCACAAGGGCAAAUUCCAUAUGGCCAGCAGGUAGUAUCUCCUUACAUGAAUGGAGUCUCCUCAUCUGCAUAUACACCAAACACAUCAGGAUCAUGUAACCAGCAUUAUCCAAGUGUCUAUCACCCUCCCAAUUCCUUUUACACCCAUGGGCAGCAGUUACCUGCUCCCUACCAGGCUCAGCCACCAGCUUCACAUCAGUGUCCAACUAGCAGCCAUUUGUGUACUUCACAUGUGACUCAACCUUCAGCUGGGCCAUUUGCUGGUGUUACAUCUUCUGGAAGCAGGGUUACAGGUUACCAGCCAUAUCCUGGUCAGGAGCAGACUCUACCUGGUGCCACCAUGUACCCAUACAGGAAUGUUAACACGAAUAUUCUUCCACAGACAACUUAUUCAGAGUCGCAUUGUAGGACCCCUACUGAGACAGCAUGUGGACAUUCUCCUACCUGUGGACCUUCAGUGUCAGGAAUGCCUCAGCCUCAGCCAACAUGGCCACCUGCCCCAUCAGCAGCUCCUGCAUUGUAUGGGAAUCCUUUUAUUGCCAGUCCAACCUCUUCCAGUUCCAGUGGUGGAAUUCCUCAAACUACAUAUUACUCAAAGGAUCAUAAAACUUUCACAACAGACAGACCAACACUUUAGAAGGCUACAUCAUCGCAAAAUUGCAACACAGACCACCAGUACAUCUUAUGCCCAUUGUUUUGUGCAAGUCAGUGUUCAGAAAGUUGCAAGUUCACCAGCAUCCACACAAACCAAUGUCGGUGAAUGUGCCACCAGUGGUGAUAUGGACACUGAAAGUAUCUCAGAUGAAGAGAGCAACUUGUCAAGUGGAUGCACUGCAGUAGAUGAUGACCCCAAACUGGACUGCCAACUUAUCAGAAUGGACAUCUUUAUCUAAUGUGAAGCCAACACAGCCAGAUUUGUCUAGGUAUUACAGCAUUAAAUGAAAAUAUUGCCAGCAGUCAUACUGUGACAGUCUUGGUAGUGUCUCCCUUUGCUUCUCAUGUAAUGUAUGUAGGAAUGUAAAUCAGCCUUUAAGUUGCAGGUAUUGUCAUCAAAUGUGAAGUGACAAAUAGUUAAUGAAUUGCAUUACAGUGCAGAAUAAGUUUUUCACUGAUUUCAUGUACUGCAUUUCAGGUUCACAGAAUUGAGGGAGAACCAGACACUGGAGAAUCAAAAAGCAUUUUUGGUAUUUGAGAGUGUGAUUGUUGCCAUGCCAUCAACAUGUCUUACAUGCCUUGGUUCCUGUAACAUCUGUAUGUAUCAACUUCUGGGCUCAUUAGCCAUCCUUAUGCAGAUUUGUGAAAAUGGACACCGGUGCUUCAUUCAUAUACAGCCAGUGACAGGUUCCAUAGGUGCAGGUAAUCUGUUGCUCUAUUAUGGUGCUUACUUUACGGAUUCUACUACUGUGUGGGUGUUUAAUAUGUUCCAUACCAUGAAUAUGUGUACAUUUUCUCGCAGCACAUACCAUCUGAUAUAAAACUGUUACCCAAUCCUAGCAGUAAGAUGUGUGGUAUGCAGAACAACAACCACUCACCUUGAUGGGGAUGCCAGAUACUGUUUCUCUUGGACAUACAGCCAACUAUGGGUCCUACUCUGUGAUGCAUUUAGAGAACAACUGGAUAAUCGACAAUGCAGUUCAGGUAUUUAAAUAAGGAUGGAAAAUUAUUUUGUCAGUGUUCUUGUCAUUGCAUUUACAACUCCUAGAACAAGAAUAUUUCUUAUAAUUCUGUAGGAUGAUCAGAGUAUGUGAAUGUUAGGUUAUUGCAUUGUCAGUCCUGUCAUGUGAAAACCCACACACAAUUUGCUUUACUCGCUACAAAUCCACUGUGAAAAAGGCAUAAAUGUACUUGUCAGAAAGUCAUAUGAGUGUCCUGGGAUGUAUGCAUGAUACACAUAUAUUUAUUGUGAGAGGCAGAGAAACUAUGUGAAAGAAUACAGAUGUUACGUGCAGCAACAUUAUAGAUUCCACACCCAUAUGUAUUUUUAACUGACGUUUAUCUGCUCUUGAUGACUGAUAGUGCUAUGCUCAUAUACACACUAUGCUCUUUCAAUAAAGUCUUCACUUGAAUGACAA